UUUCCACGUGGAGAUUUGAUGUGAAAUGUUUGCAGUUCCAGAAUAUUAACAGGGGUGUUGACAUCAGUAAUUACUACAGUUAGGAGACAUUUUUCACAAAGUAUUAUGAGAGCAAUACUUGGUCAUACAGGGAGAAAAAAGCGUGUGGGACUUUAUACACAGCAUUUGAAAUAUCCAGGAACCUUUAGACUCGGAGAACUGUGGGCAUAUUGGUGGCUGAGGUACUUUUUGCCUGUAGCAUAAAAUCUGCCUGGGAAGUUCCAGCAGUUUCCACUGAGAUAGCACAUUUGGCAAGAUGAGGCUGAGCGUGGUAUGUAAGGACUUUCGGGAAAACUUGUCAGCUUUCACAGGGAAAGGUCCAAGUGUUUAUGGGAACUAUGAAGUGGUGUUGGGUAGCUCUCAAAGGGAUUUGUGGGGUCAUUUGGGACAGGGAUUUGAAAGCUUUGUGAUUGAAGCUCUUCUGAACUUAUCAAAAUGGUUAAAAGUCUGGCUGUGAGUCUCAUGAGAGCAGACUUUCUUGUGAAAUUUCUGGUAUGGUGCUUUCCUGCUGGGGUGAGAAAAUCUUAGUAGGACAGACUUUCUCGCCGUAUUUUAAUUCUUGAGAUCCAUGUCCCUGUUAAACCCAGGAAAUGGAGCGUCACAGGAAACUGAGCUUUACUUUAAAACUCUGGAACCAUAUUCCUUUAUUGAAAGGAAUGGUGAAAUUGGUUGGAAGAAAGAAAAUCUUAAGCGAAUGUUUUGCAAGGGCAAUACUGCAACAUGCCUACCCAGCAUGGUGAUCGGGGCAAGUCACCCAGUGGCCAUGUGGAAGGCAGACAAGCUGAGUUCUUACUGCCAAGGACCGCGCGGGGCUUGUCGGAGGUACUCUGCCUCGCUGGCCUUCAGGGCCCCCAUCCAACGCAGAAUGUGUUUCACAAUGACAGAAGACAACGUGAUAAGAAAGCUAGGCCACUGUGCAUUGAACAGCUCCAUCGAUGUAGAGAAGACUUCAUUUCAGAUAAAAAAGAUGCUGAGAUUAAGCAUCCCUGUAGAAAAAGCCAACUAUGUGGUGUCAUUUCCUUCUAUUUGGGAGAAUUCCAUAAUAACUCGGUCACCCCUCCUGAGAGGCAUCCAUCCUGAUUUAUCAAGAUCUUUUGCACAUAGCGGAUUAAAAGUUUGAACGCACUUUUAAAGAGAAGGAACACAGCAACCUGGACAGUGGUAAGAGUCACCAGAAAGGAGGAGGAGGGAGGACCCCUGGAAGAAGACAACCCUUUCAAGAAGCCACAGAGAUCUGUUGUGGAAGACCACUGUAUCACAAGAUGGAAGGAAUAUGGAUCCAUAUGUCACUAAUUAGAAGAGAGUGAUCCAAGAGAGAUACCUAUCCAGGAACAUCUAUGUUGGGUUUUGUGCGAACAAUAAACACACAAUUUUAAUAAGCCUUUGAUAUUUUCAGAUUGUUACAACAUAUAUUCUCUCUGAUGCAUUUCCUUAUAGCCUAUUCUCCACUAAGCUGUCUGAGUGAUCUUGUUAAAACAUAGCUCAAAUACAUCACUCUUCUGCUCACAUACUUACUCUAGUCACACAGGCCUCUUAGCUAUUCCUGGAAUGCACUAACUGCUCUUCCACUUCAAGGCUUUUUACUCAUUCUUUUCUAUGCCUAGAGUGCUCUGCCACUAAUUUUUUGUAUGCCUGCUUCCUCAUCUAUUUUGUCACCCUCUUGGCCUUUCCUUGGCUAAUUAAAAUGAACUUACUACUAUCUCACACAAUAUUUUAUCUGCUUUGUCCAUUUGAACUCCCACACCUAGGAAUAUACCUAGAACAUUGUAGGAAAUCAGUAAAUAUUUGUUUUUUUAAAUGGAAGAAUGAACUGAUUCAACAAAUUCAUUACAGUUUUAAUCUAUUGAAACAUUCAACGUUCAUUGAGUUCAGUACAUAUGAGGUUCUCUGGCUUAGAGAACCCUAACCCACACACAUAUACACACCCCAUCCUUUGCCUCUAACUUUUUGGGUAUUGUUUUAAUAUCAUUUCCUAAAGCCAGAAGUUCAAUUCUCCUUUUUUGAUGCCUUUCUUCCAUUAUCUAUCAUGCUCUGCUCAUGCCAUCAUACAAAUUUUUAUAUAAAAAUUUUUAUAUUUUUGUCAACUUAGCUAUUAGAUUAUGACAGACACGGUAUGAUGUUUGGAAUAUGCUUACAUUGUCUGACUUGUGAUCUUAUACUCCUGUAUUUCAGUAUGAAAAGAACAUGCCUUAAAUGCAUAUUAUUGCUGGUCCAAAGAAGAGAGAUAUGUGAAACAGAUUUGAAUUCAACCCACAUACUGAAGCAAAUCCAAUUAAGCCUUGCCUAGAUUACCCUAACUUUGGAGACCUGCAGAUUGUGACUGAGAUAUAAGUGACUGAGUUUGGAGAUGGUUUUUAUGUGUAAUUAUUGUGAAAAGAACUAACUGAUAGAGAACUAACUGUCCUUUUUUCAUUCUUUUCUUCCCCCAAAUUUUGAAAAUAUUUUAUUUUCAGGCCAGAGAAGAAGUUUUACUUCUAUAUUUCUGAUGAAAAUACUAGAAAUUUUAGAGGAGGGCAGGGAAAAUGACAGAGUAGGAGGAUCCUGAACUUACCUUGUCCUAGGGACACACCAAAACAACAACUACUGUUACAACUACCUCUGAAAAUGAUCCAAAUGCUGGCAAAACAGAUCUUCUACAACUAGUCAUAGAGAGAGACUACAUCCAAAAGGAUAAAGGGAGCAGAGAUAAUGGGAUCAGGAACCAAAUCCCUGGCACAACUGACCAAAAAUGGGAGACACAUCACAAGCACCAAGAAUUGAGAGGAUUGGAUCCCAUACUAGGUAUGCCUGGCCCUGGGGAUGCACACUGAGAAGAUGAGUCCCCAUAAUAUCUGGCCUUGAAAAUCAGCAGGGUUUAACUUCAGGAGAACCCAGGGGGCAAUAAGAAACAGAGUCCCCAGUAUUUUAAAUAACUAUACUGGAGAUACAGACAUGAAACAACAGCUUGGAAAGCACCUGGAAUACAUGUGAAGAUUUACUGACUAAUUUUAGGACAUGCACUAAAGGGGCAAAUUUCCCCUUUCUGCACAUUUCCCCAAGAACAAAAGUUUGGUAUUCCAUUUUCUUGUGCUCCUCCAGCCUAGAUAGCUGGAUUCUUAUGGGAGCCAGUUCUAACAUUCUCCAUUUACACUGGUGGCAUGUGAGCUUCCCUGAUGUUACCCUCCAGAUCUGUCCCACCCAACCUGCCUGCCUUGGCAGGUCACCCUCCAACGUGGCUCCUGCCUCACUAAACCAGCAGGCAGCCUCAGCUGGUACUGGUGCCCCUCCAAAAUGAUUCCUGCCCUGGGGGUUGGAAGAUAACCUUAUAUGCCAGCAUGCACACAUUUCUUGCAGCCAGGCCCUUUUGCUGGCUGAACAGGGAGCAAGCCCUACCUUCAGUGCACCCAUAGCUGUCAGAGCUGUUGAAUACAAACAGCCAGGAUGUAGGUCAGCCUUGCACACUAGCAAGCUUAUGGUACCUGUAUCUGGGCUUCAACAGUGCAAGGAGAAAACUCUGACCAGUGUGCCCACAGUAGGCAAAGCAGGUCACUGCACUCAGCUUGGCCAAGUCCCAGCCCAACCACCAAUGUGCCCACAGCAAUCAUAGCAACAACAGGGGGUUAUAUGCAGCCACAAACAUCCCUGGAGACAUCCCUGGAGUUCCUAAUUCUGGAGACUGGGGAAUUGAGAUAUAGGGCAUCACAGAAACUCUACUACACAAAGCCAGUACUCUCAAGACCAGGAGGACAUAGCUGACCUAAUAUAUAGAAACAAAUACAGAGAGUUAGACAAAAUGAGGAGACAGAGGAAUAUGCCCCAAAUGAAAGAACACGAAAAAAAAUCACACACAAAAAACUAAAGAACAGGAAGAUAAGCAAUAAGACUUAAAGAGUUCUAAACAAUGGUCAUAAUUGAUACUGAUUUUGAGAGAAGAGUGGAUGAACUCAGAAUUUCAACAAAGAUAUAAAAAAGUAUAAAAAAAUAAUCAGGAGCUGAAGAAUUCGAUAACAAAUGAAAAAUAUGCCAGAGGGAAUCAAAAGCAGAUUAGAGGAUGCAGAACAUAUCAGUGAUGUGGAAGACCAUGUACUAGAAAGCAACCAAGCUGGACAGUAAAUAUAAUAACAAAUGAAAAUAAGUUAAAGGAACUCAGAGAUAUCAAGCAUAAUGAACUUCAUGUUACAGGAAUCCCAGAAGGAGAAGAGAGAGAAGAGGGCAAAAACUUAUUUGAAGAAAUGAUAGCUGGAAAAUUCCCUUAUCAGGGCAAAGAAACAGACAUCUAGGUCUAGGAAUCACAGAGAACCCCUAAAAAGUUGAAUCCAAGAAGGUUGGCACCAAAACACAUCACAAUUAAAAUGUCAGUAAUCAGAUAAUCCUAAAAGCAAUAAGAGAGAAGCAAUAGGUAAUGUACAAGGGAAACCCUAUAAAGUUUCCCUUAAUUUUGAGGAGAAAAUGAAGUCCAGAAGAGAAUGGCAUGAAAUAUUCAAAGUGAUGAAAGAAAAUGAAAACAAAAACAAAAACAAAAAUCUACAACCAAGAAUACUAUACCUGGCAAGGUUAUCAUUCAGAACUGAAGGAGAGAUAAAGAGUUUUCCAGAUAAACAAAAGUUAAAGGAAUACAUCACAACUAAACCAGCCUUAAAAAAGGUUAAAAAUAAUUCUUUAAGUGGCACCUGGGUGGCUCAGUCAGUUAAGCGUCUGCCUUCAGCUCAGGUCAUGAUCCCAGGAUCCUGAGAUCGAGCCCCAUGUCAGGCUCCUUGCUCAGUGGAGAGCCUGCUUCUCCCUCUCCUUUUGCCUGCAGCUCCCCUUGCCUGUGCUCUUGCUAUCUCUUGCUAUCUCUCGCUAUCUAUCAAAUAAAUAAAAUCUGGAAAAAAAGAAUUCUUUAAAUAGAAAGAAAAGGCCAUAGUUGGAAGAAAAUUAUAAAAGGAAAAAAUUCACAUGUAACAGCAAACAUAGAAAAAGAUUAAGAACUUAUAAAGCCAGUACGGAGGUUAAAACAAAAAAGUGGUAAAAUUAAGUAUACAAAAAUUAUUUAAGGGAUACACAAAGUAAAAAGAUAAAAAGUAUGAUAUGUACAUAAAACAUGGAAGGGGGAAUAAAAAUUUAGUGCUUUAUAAUGUGCUCAAACUUAGAACAUCAACUUAAUGUAGACUGCUAUACCCAGAGGAUGUUAUAUAUGAACCACAUCAUAACCACACAUCAAGAACCUGUGAUACACAUACACACACACAUAUAAAGAGAAAGGAGUCCAAGCAUAACAAUAAAGAAAGCUAUCAAACCAUAAGGAAAGAGAGAAGGAAAAAAAACUAUGAAAACCAGAUAACGAUUCAUAAAAUGGCAGGAAUUGCAUACCUAUCAAUAAUUACUUUAAAUGUAACUAGUCUAAAUGCUCCAGUCAAAACACAUACAAUGGUAGAAUAGAUUAAAAAAAAAAAAAAAAAAGGACCCACCUAUAUUCUGUUUACAAGAGAGUACUUCAGACCUAAGGACAUAUAGAGACUGAAAAUGAAGGGAUGGAGAAGGAUAUUCCAUGAAAAUGGCAGGGAAAAAAAAAAAGACAAAUUAGACUUUUUUUUUUUUUUUAAGAUUUUAUUUAUUCAUCUGACACAGAGAGAGACAGCGAGAGAGGGAACACAAGCAGGGGGAGUGGGAGAGGGGGAAGCAGGCUUCCCGCCAAGCAGGGAGCCCAAUGUGGGGCUCAAUCCCAGGACCCUGUGAUCAUGACCUGAGCCAAAGGCAGAUGCUUAAUGAACUGAGCCACCCAGGUGCCCCAAGACAAAAUAGACUUUAAAACAGACUGUAACAAGAGACAAAGAAGGGUGUUACAAAAUGAUAAAAGUGUCAAUCAAGUAAGAGGAUAUAUCAUUCAUAUAUAUAUAUACAUAUAUAUAUAUACACAUAUAUAUAUAUACAUAUAUAUAUAUAUAUAUAUAUACACACCCAAUAUGAGGACAUCUAAAUACGUAAAGCAGAUAUUAAUGGACACAAAGGGAGAAAUUAACAGUAAUACAAUAAUAGUAGGGGACUUAAACACCCUACUUACAACAGGGGAUAAUCAAGACAGAAAAAUCAAUAAAGAAACAAUGUCUUUAUACAACAUAUUAGACCAAAUGAACUUGACAGCUACACACUGAAAUUCCAUCCAAAAACAACAGAAUACAGAUUAUAUUCAAGUACACAUGGAACAUUUUCCAGGAUAGAUCUCAUGUUAGUCCACAAACAAGUCAAUACAUUUAAGAAGAUUGAAAUAUAUCAUGCAUCUUUUGUGACCAUGACAGUAUAAAACUAGAAAUCAAUCACAAGAAAAAAAUACUGAAACAAAACAAAAAAAAACAAACCCCACAAACACAUGCAAACUAAACAACAUACUGUUAAAUAGCCAAUGGGUCAAUGAAGAAAUCAGGAAAUCAAAAAAUACAUGGAGACAAAUGGGAAAGUAUCCAAAAUCCUUGAUAUACAGCUAAAGCAGUUAUAAGAGGGGAAUUUAUAGCUAUCCAAGCCUAAUUCAAGAAAUAAUAAAAUUUCAAACAAUCUAACUUUACACCUAAAGGAAAUACAAAAAGAAGAACAAAGCCCAAAGUCAGUAGAAGAAAGAAAAUAAAUGUCAGAGUAGAAAUAAAUGAAAUGUCUGCUAAAACACAAUAGAAAAGAUCAAUGAAACCAAGAGAUAGUUCUUUGAAAAGAUAAAAUGUAUAAACCUUCAUCCAGACUCAUAAAAAAAAAAAAGAGAGGAUCCAAAUAAAAAUCAGAAAUAAAAGAAAAGUAAUAUCCAAUACUACAGAAAAACAGAAGAUUUUGAGGAACCACUGUGAACAAUUAUGUUCCAAACAAUUGGACAACUUAGAAAAAAAUGAAUUUCUAGAAACACACAUAGACAAUCUGAAAAUACCAUUACUAGUGAUAAAAUUAAAUUUAACCCCCCCAAAACAAACAAACAAAAAAACACAUCCAACAAGGAAAAUCCCAGACCCAGACAGCUUCACAGGUGAAUUCUACCAAAUAUUUAAUGAAAAAUUAAUACCUAUUCUUCUCAAACUAUUCAAAAAAAAUAAAAGAUGAAGGAGAGCUUCCAAAUACAUUCUACAAGGCUUGAUAUAAAAUGAGACAGAGACUACAAAUAAAUAAAACUACAAAACUACAGGUAAAUAUCCCUAAUGAAAACAAAUGUAGCAAACCUCAACAAAAUAUUAGCAAACUGCAUUUAUCAAUACAUUAAAAGGAUCAUUUACCACGAUCAAGUGGGCUUUAUUCUAAGAAUGCAAGGAUGGUUCAAUACUCACAAAACAAUCAAGAGGAAACAUCACAUUAACAAGAGGAACAAUAAAGACCAUAUGAUCAUCUCAAUAGAUGCAGAAAAGCAUGUGACAAAAUUCAACAUCCAUUCAUGAUAUAAAUCCUCCACAAAUAUGAGAAACCCACAACUAACAUCAUACUCAAUUGUGAAAAACUGAUAGUUUCUCCUCUAAGAUCAGGAACAAGACAAAGAUGUCCACUCUCACCACUUUUAUCAACAUAGUAUUGAAAAUCCUAGCCAAAUCAAUCCAGCAACAUACAUACAUACAUACAUACAUACAUGCCUUCCAAAUUGGAAAGUAAGAAGUUAAAUUGUUAAUAUUUUCAGAUAAUACAAUACAAUACAUGGAAAACCCUAAAGACUUUACCAAAAAACUAUUAGAAGUAACAAGUGAAUUCAGUAAAUUUGCAGGAUACAAAAUACAGAAAAACUGGUUGUAUUUCUAUACACCAAUAACAAAAUAGCAAGAAAAGAAAUUAAGAAAACAAUUCCACUUACCAUCAUACUAAAAAGAAUAAAAUUCCUAGGAAUAAACUUAACCAAGGAAGUGGAAGACCUGUACUCUGAAAACUAUAAAACAUUGAUGAAAAAAAAUUGAAGAUGACAAAAACAAAUGGAAAAAAUAUCCCAUGAUCAGGACUGGAAGAAUUAGUAUUGUUAAAGUGUCCAUACUACCCAAAGCAAUCUACAGAUACAAAUACAAUUCCUAUGAAAAUGUCAACAGCAUUUUUCACAGAACUAGAACAAAUAAUCCUAACAUUUGUAUGGAAUCAUAAAAGGCCCUGAAUAGUCAAAACAAUUUUGAGAAAAAAAGAAUAAAGCUGAAGAUAUUGCAAUCCCAGAUUACAAGAUACACUACAAAGACAUAGUAACCAAUACAAUAUGGUACCAGCAUAAAAUUAACAUGCAGACCAAUGAACAGCAUGGAGAGGCCAGAAACAAAGCCACAUUUAUAUGGUCAAUUAAUCAAUGUAAAGGAGAAAGAAUACACAUGGGAAAAGACAGUCCCUUCAAUAAAUGGUGCUGGGAAAACUGGACAACUAUAUACAAAAGCAUUAUAUUAGAGCACUUUCUUACACUAUACACAAAAUAAACUCAAAAUGGAUUAAAGAUCUAUAUGUGAGAUCUGAAACCAUAAAACUCCCAGAAGAGAACACAGGCAGUAAUUUCAUUGACAAUGGCUAAUGUAAUGUUUUUACAAAUAGGUCUCCUCAGGCAAGGGAAACAAAAGCAAAAAUAAACUACUGGGACUGUAUCAAAAAGUUUUUGCAUAGUGAAGUCAACAAAACAAAAAGGCAACCUACUGAAUGGGAGAAGAUAGUUGGAAAUAAUAUAUCUGAUAAGGGGUUAAUAUUCAAAAUAUAUAGGAACUCAUGCAAAUCAAUACCAAAAAACAAAUUAUCUGAUUAAAAAUUGGCAGAAAACCUGAAUAGACAGGCUUCCAAAGAAGACAUACAAGUGACCAUAGACAUGAAAAGAUGCUCAACACCACUAAUCAUCAGGAAAAUGCAAAUCAAACCCACAAUGAGAUAUCACCCUACACUUUUCACAAUGGCUAGAAUAAAAAAGACAAGAAAAAACAAGUGUUGGCAAGAAUGUAGAGCAAAGGGAACCUUUGUGCACUGGUGGUGGGAAUGUAAAUUGGUAAAGCCACUGUGGAAAACAGUAUGGAUAUUUAUCCAAAAAUUAGGAAUAGAAUUACCAUAUGAUCCAGUAGUUCCACUACUUGGGAUUU